AUGGAGCAAGUCAUGGAAGAAGACACUGCAACGCCUGCAACGCCUACAACCCCCAACCCACCAGGCGCUGUCACACGACGGAAGCUUCGCAAGGGCACAAGGUCUUGCUGGGCUUGCAAACACCGCAAGACCAGCUGCGUCUUCGUCUCCCCCCAAGAUUCCGCAUGCAAGGGCUGCCAACGCCGACGCCUCCCAUGCAUCAGCCAGGACGUGCCUGAAGAGGAAGCCAUCGCGGCCGCCGGCGGAACUCGAGACCUCAACACGCGACUUGCCCGCGUCGAGGAUCUUAUGAGAAUCGUCCUUGCCAACACCCACGAUGCCACCAUCAACCAUGAGGAGCGUGCGCCGAGGCACGGUUUGCGACUGUCCAAUCCCAGUCCCCAUGCCAUCAAGGCCGCGCCAACUUCAGCCAGCACCUCGCCCUCUCACCCCAUCCCUCCAGCGACGACAGAGCGGCCUCAGCAGGAGACUGCGCCGCUCGAGUCGGCUCUACUGCCACGCGAUCGGCAUGCUGUGCCGGAUCGAUCUCGGUCUCCAACCAGAGUCGAAGCCAUUGCUCAGCAAAACCUUUUUGCCGCAUUUCCAUGCACCCAAGAUGCUAAGCUUCUACUCCAAGAGGCCGCAGAACCAUCAUUCUAUGCCACUCUCGUUUGCACACAGCCGCACAGCAGAUUGACACGCCAAUCUCUCGCACAAAAACCGGCCCCAGCACUACAGUUUCCCGCCAGAGAUGCCCAUCCAGUCAUUAUCGCCAGGCUCAUGCUCACAUUCGCCAUUACGCUUCAAUGUCCCUGUGCGGAAAGAUUGCGCGGUCUCUCCGAACCACACCAUGGGCUCAUUCAACGCCUCACAGCGGCCGCGAGCACGUGGGUGACAACCCCGUCAGAGAUGCACGAUACCCUUGACAGCUUACUAUGCGUCAUGCUGGAAGGUGUGAUAGAAGCUAGUCGGGGUAGUCUCCGCCGCGCUUGGGCUGUUAAUCGACGGGCAAUGAUGAUUGCACAACUGAUGGGACUUCACCGCUCUCACACGCCACUUCUAAAACGCAUCGACCCUACACUAGAUGCAAGUCCAAAGUCCAUGUGGUUUCGCAUUGUAUACAUCGACCGCCACCUCGGCAUUCUGCUCAAUUUGCCCCAGGGGACGACGGAAAAUAUCAUGGCUUCCACGCCCACUCUGUUGGACGAGUCUCCCCUUGGUCGCUUCGAACGACUCCUCACGACUGUGGCGGCCCGCAUCAUCGACCGCAAUCAGGGCUUCACUCCAACAAGCGUAUCGCUUACACGUUCCAUCGACUCGGAACUUAUUCAAGCGUCGGACAGCAUGCCGCCAAGCUUUUGGCGUCCUGUGGACUUCGAUGGGCUCAUCCCUGGCUCAUUAGAUGCCCUCCUGGAGACACUCCGUGUGGCUGCCCAAGUCUACUAUUACGGGCUUCUCAUUCAACUGCAUCUACCCCAUCUACUUCACAAGCAAGCUCGCAACGACAACGAAGAAUAUUCCAGGAUGGCGUGCGUCAGUGCUGCCCGGGAAAUUGUCACGCGCUUCACCUCACACCGUAGCUUCAACCUGGUAUCAUCCUGCUCGCGACCUGUCGACUUUUUAGCUCUGCUGGCAUCAAUUACCCUUCUACUGGCGCACAUUGACGCGCAUCAUCGCAGUAGGCCAAGGAAUAUUCUAGCUCACCAGCGCCAAAGUGACCGCAGCCUGCUGGAACAAGCCCUUGAGAGAAUGGACCUGCUCAGUAAUAUCAAUAAAGACAUGAUAGGCGAGAAGAGCGCCUCCGUGAUCCGGCAACUUCUUGACAUUGAGACAGAAGCCGCCCAUGGCAUUGACUAUAUUGCCACCGCAACACCAGGAGAUGACGGCCGAGAAUCCAACGACACGGAUGAACAUGGCAACGCUUGCUUUCGCUUGCAGAUUCCGUAUCUCGGGACUAUAAAGAUCGCAUGCCACAACUCCGUCUCCAAAGACCCCUGGGCUGCGCCUGUUUACCCAUCAGCGCUCCCUCGACCGACUAUGAUGGUAUCAUCGGAUGCGUCACAAAGUUCGUCGGAUAUUGGUGUUCAUACCGGUAGUACAGGGGACAUCGAGAUGGUGACCCCAGCUCACGAUACGCGGCAUGGCACUGCAGCUCAGCCUUCGCAGCCAGAAGUACUUGCAGACUUUCCUGGUAUCACGGCUGACAUUGAGAACUGGACCUUUCAAGGUAUCGAUAUGGCUUUUUUUAAUAGCUUGGUUGGGGAAACCUCGGACUUGUAUUAG